AGGCGCUAGUGCAGCAAGUUGAACCUCUUCUUCAUUCAAGUUCGUUCAAGUUAGCUGCUCAGUGUUUAUUGUCCGUUCCCUUCAUAACUUUUAUUCUAACACACAUCCAAACAACAUGACUUCAACUCAGUAUUCUGACGGACGUCAAGAGACGCGUGUUGAGAACUAUACCAAGUUCUGGCAAAAGGACCUUGGUAAGGAGGGUAAAGCGGACAAUCAAAACCGUGUUGAGAGCUACACCGACGUCGUAAACGGCUACUACGAUGGUGCGACAGAGCUGUACGAAUAUGGCUGGGCACAAUCCUUCCACUUCUCGCGGUUCUAUAAAGGCGAGGCUUUCACAGCCUCUUUAGCCCGCCAUGAGCACUACCUCUCAGCACAAAUGGGACUUCGCCCUGGCAUGCGAGUACUGGACGUCGGGUGCGGUGUCGGUGGUCCUGCUCGCGAGAUUGCUCGCUUCGCCGACGUCAAUAUCGUCGGCUUGAACAACAACGAUUUCCAGAUUCAGCGUGCUCGGAAGUACACCAAGAAGGCUGGCCUUGAAAACCAAGUAAGCUUCGCCAAGGGUGAUUUCAUGAAGUUGUCAGAACAGUUUGGCGAGAAUUCGUUUGAUGCUGUGUACGCCAUUGAAGCCACUGUUCAUGCACCUACAUGGGAGGGUGUGUAUGGUGAAAUCAUGAAGGUCUUGAAGCCCGGAGGAGUGUUCGGUGUCUAUGAAUGGUGCAUGACUGACACGUGGGAUGCAUCCAUCCCUGCACACAAGGAACUUGCGCAUGCUAUUGAGUUUGGCAACGGUAUCCCAGAAAUGCGUCCCUUGAAGCAAGCUCGCGAAGCUAUGAUCAAUGUUGGCUUCUCUAUUGAGCACGAAGAGGAUCUUGCCGAACGCCCUGAUGAAGUUCCAUGGUAUUACCCGCUGGAAGGCGACAUAUGGAAGGCCCAGACUGCUUGGGAUUGCUUCACUGUUUGGCGGAUGAGCUGGAGUGGAAAGCUCGUUUCACACACUGCAAUCAAGUUCAUGGAGAUGCUUGGUUUUCUGCCCAAGGGCACAUAUGAUGUUGGCGAAUCCCUCAAGGUCGCUGCCGAUGCACUUGUGAAGGGUGGUCAGACCAAACUGUUCACGCCCAUGUACCUCGCAAUUUGCCGCAAGCCCGCAUCUUCUGAAAGCUAGACUGGAUACUCAUGACACCACAUAUACGUAUAUACCCUGCCACUAAUAUUCUAGAAAUCUUGCAUAACACUAUGGCAUGCGCUGAGCAUGAUUUUGAGCUGCAACCUUGGGUGACCGAGUGAUCUUGAGCAUUAAAUGAUUCAGUCUAUUCUGGAACCGCACUAACGAUAUUGGGAACAAUCGUUCAGAUUUUGGCGGAAAAAGAUGAGCAGAACGUCAGAGCAAACCUAGACUGGUGAGUAACACGUCACGCAUCAACAAGCGAACCUUAUCAUUUUGAUAAGAGCCCUGACGAUUUCAUGACCCAUGAUAAGAGGACAAGCCAUCCCAGGGCGAGCAAACACGGGUUAUCUAAGGCAUACACUGACGAUUAGCUGCAAAGUCACAUUAGCGGCUUUGAGGCUCACAAGGCUUGUGCGCGCGUCAUAGGCGACGUUCGCGCUAGACCGUGUCGAUGAGGUCCUUGUCCAUUUCGGGUUGCUAGA